GAGGAGAACGAGGAGAGGAGGGGUGCGGACUGUUACCGGACAGGACUGUGCGAAAGCAGAAACGGAGGGUUGAAUUUUACCUCCUUGGCUGGGCGGUGGGAGGAGGUGGUGGACGCUUGUUUAGGGAGGAUAAACUGAGAUUGAAUCCGCCGGUUGGGACCAGGAGCUCCGUCUGCUGCUGCGGCUGCUGUAACCCCAAACAUAAUUAACAUGGAGCUGGAGAAUAUCGUGGCCAACACGGUGCUGCUGAAAGCACGGGAAGGAGGCGGCGGGAACAGAAAAGGAAAAAGCAAGAAAUGGAAGCAGCUGCUGCAGUUUCCCCACGUCAGUUUGUGUGAAGAGCUGCGACAAAUCAUAGAAAAGGACUACAGCAGCCUCUGUGAGCGCCAGCCUAUCGGACGCUUGCUGUUCAGACAGUUCUGUGAGACUCGACCCGAACUGAGGCGAUGUGUCAAGUUCCUGGACGCUGUGGCGGAGUACGAGGUGACUCCAGAUGAGAAGAGGAAGGAGUGCGGUCAGGAACUCAUCGACAAAUACUUCAACCCAAAGUCAGAGGACCGCGUGCCUGAGGUGGAGGAGGCCAUGAUGGCUCAGUGCGGCGAGAAGCUGCAGCAGGAGGCCUGCAAAGAGCUCUUCAAGGACUGUACCAAAUUGAUCCACGACUACCUGAGCGUGGCGCCCUUCGCAGACUACCUCGACAGCAUGUACUACAACAGGUUCCUCCAGUGGAAAUGGCUGGAGAGGCAACCGGUGACAAAAAAUACAUUCCGACAGUACAGAGUUUUAGGGAAAGGAGGCUUUGGAGAGGUGUGUGCGUGUCAGGUACGGGCCACGGGAAAAAUGUACGCCUGUAAGAAACUGGAAAAGAAGAGGAUAAAGAAGAGGAAAGGAGAGUCCAUGGCGCUCAAUGAGAAACAGAUCCUGGAGAAGGUCAACAGCAGAUUUGUAGUAAGUUUAGCGUACGCCUACGAGACGAAGGACGCUCUGUGCCUUGUGUUGACCCUCAUGAACGGCGGAGACCUCAAGUUUCACAUCUAUCACAUGGGCGACGCGGGUUUCGACGAGAAGAGAGCCAUCUUCUACUCUGCAGAGAUCUGCUGCGGGCUGGAGGACCUGCACCGAGAACGCAUUGUCUACAGAGACCUUAAACCAGAGAACAUCCUGCUGGACGACCACGGCCACAUCAGGAUAUCAGACCUGGGUUUAGCAGUUCAUAUACCAGAGGGAGAGACCAUCAAGGGACGGGUGGGAACGGUGGGGUACAUGGCUCCGGAGGUGGUGAAAAACGAGCGCUACACCUUCAGCCCCGACUGGUGGGCGUUGGGCUGCCUGCUGUACGAGAUGAUCGAGGGCCAGUCUCCCUUCCAGCAGAGGAAGAAGAAGAUCAAGAGGGAGGAAGUGGAGCGGCUGGUGAGGGACGUGGAGGAGGAAUAUACCAGCAAGUUCUCCGAGGACGCCAAGUCCCUCUGUAAAAUGCUUCUGGCCAAAGAUCCCACAGACAGGCUGGGCAGCCAGGGAGGCGGAGCCUCUGAGGUCAAAGCCCAUUCCAUCUUCCGCUCCAUCAACUUCAAACGCCUCGAGGCCGGCAUGCUGCAGGCGCCCUUCAUUCCCGAUCCGCAAGCCAUCUACUGUAAAGAUGUGCUGGACAUCGAGCAGUUCUCCACUGUGAAAGGAGUGGAGCUGGAGCCGAAAGACGAGUCUUUCUACAGCAAAGUGUCCACAGGCAGCGUCUCCAUUCCCUGGCAGGAUGAGAUGAUCGAGACGGAGUGUUUCACAGAGCUGAAUGUUUUCCACCAGGACGGGGCGGUUCCUCCAGACCUGGACUGGAGGGGACAGCCGUCUCCUCCGCCCAAACAGGGACUCCUGCAGCGGCUGUUUGGCCGACAGGACUGCUGUGGUAACUGCAGUGACAGUGACGAAGAGCCCACCAGGCUGUGACAGACACACACACACGAUCCCAUUUGUUUACAACUUUUGCACAUUUGUAUUUUUAAGCAUAGUACUAUCUCUAAAUGUCAGAAUGUAUAUUUUCAGCAUAGCCAUAAUGUUUUUAAUGUUAUUUAAAAAGUUGUGAAAUAUCGACUGUCGCGCUCCAAACGAGGAGACGGGAACCUACAGACGAUGAACAGAUGUUUUUAUUUUUUUUUUUCAUUUGUUUUGUUGAUUUUUUUUGUCCAGGGAAGGCUUUGCUUUGACAUUGAUCCAUAAAAGUCCAUGUAACUGAUCUGGGAGCUGCCUCUGGCCACUGAAGCAGCUCCACUGGAACUAUAGCCUGCUGUAAAAGUGCCUUGCUGUAGGGCACUGUGACAGUGGGUACUAAGGGAGGACAAAGCAUUCCUCAAUCUCUUUACUUUUCCCCACUUUGUUCAGGGAAUCAAACUAGUGACUUUCAGCUCAAUAACUGUGACCACUUUUCUUCUUCCGGCCUCCAUUCUGCUGUGAACCAACCUCACCGCUCUUCUUCUACUUCAUUUUCUUCUAUUUAAUUCUUUUUAAAGUGUGAUUUAGAUUUUUGCUUGAACAUUUAUGGGUUUGAAAUGGUUAACGCCAGAGCCGUGAAGUCGGCUACAUCUGCAGAUAUUUUUAUAUCAAUAGUAUUAUCUUUUUUAAUUUUUUCAGACAAUUCGACUCGUUGUGUUCAGUGCGGCUCCAGUUACUCUUGUCAGUUCUGUGUGGUCAAAUUUUACACCAACUCUGAGAGUUCAAUGAAUCCCUUUCAUGCUCUGAUUAUACACGCUGCUUUUACCAACAUGCUUGUGUUAUUUUUCGGAGAUGUCCCAUUUUUAAAACCCAAUGAACAACUCACACAUUAUGUUAAUGCUGCAGUGUUGGAACUGGAAUUAAAAAAAAAAGUGCCAGUUUCUGAACCAGCAGCCUGCAAAACGCCCACAUUCAGAAUAAAAAUUAUGGUAACACUUUAUUUUACAGGGUCCCUAAUUUCUUAGGAAGUUUUUUUAGAAAUUUAAUAAAACUAAGAAUCUGAGUACUCUUACAAACAUUAUCAAAUUGUGUCUGCAAGUAAGUAAAUCGCACACGUUUGGUUUUUCACUCGUCUUUCAGGGUUUCUGUAGAAUUUAUUCCUUUCCACGAUUUCAUUCCCCGCUCUCCCUCUUGUUUUUUCAUUACUUCAUGAGCGGAUGGUGGUCAGAUGAUUCCCAGCCUCUGCAGGUUUACAUUCACCCUGCCAGUAGACCACUAACAAUGCAAGGACAAAAAGUCCAAAGUGUUGUCCGUCCAGAUCUUUCGCAGGCUGAUUAAAAGUCACAGUGAAGCUGCAGCAAGAGUAACUGAAGCUUUUGGGUUGACUGAAGCUGGUCUGUUCAUCAGCUGGUCCUGUUGCAGUCAAAGAAUAUGGCCUCUUGUUUUAAGCUAUUAAAAUGAAAUACCUCUGAAUGUACAAACGGCUGUCAUGCUACUUCUGAUAUUUGAGAAGACAGAUGACAGAAACACAAGAGAAGACAUAAUAGGCUAUUGAAUUACAUCAAAAAAGUGUGGAAUUCACCUUUAACUGUCCCACAAUCUCUCUGCCUUCCAAAAAUGAGUCUCAGCGACAUUUCUCAAAGCUGAAGCUGUCAGUGAGGUUGUUUAAUGUACUGUUUCAUAAAUGAUGGCAAACAACAUUUAAAGGGUCAGUUCACCAACUUUACAAAAAAAAAAAAAAAA